GUCGGCGAUGACGCCCCUACAGUCACCAACGACGAUCGCUCUGUGACGGCAACCGUCGGUGACGAUCGCUCUGUCGGCGCAACUCCCCGUCGUGACCGACGCUGUACCUAGUCGGCUCAGUCGGCGACGCGGUGCCGGCGAGAAAGGACGCGACCGGACGCGACACUAAGCGACCCACCGCGACCCGCCGCGACCAGCCGCGACCAGCCGCGACCCACCGCGACCCUCCACAACCCGCCGUCGAGUGAUGGGUGCCAGUCAGACGCGCUCCUCUCGUCCGUACCACGGCAGCACCAAGUCGAUCUGCACCUCGAGCUCUCGCGGCGGCUCGGCGGCUGAGCAGCGCUCGCCGGAGCCGCCGCCGCCGCUCACCGGCGACGACAAGAGGCUGCUGCAGCGCACGUGGAAGGCGCUGGAGGCCGACCCCACCACCGUGGGCGUCAUCAUGUUCACAAGAUUAUUUGAGGCGCAUCCAGAAAUGCAGGGCAACUUCAAGUCGUUUCGUGAUCUCGACCUGGAAGACCUCAAGAUGUCACAGGAGUUGCGACAACAUUCAUCCAGGGUGAUGGGUUUCGUGAAUAAGCUCAUCAGCCGACUGGGAACGGACGAGCAGCUGGACACACUGACACUGCAGCUCUGUCAGCGGCACCUCGACUACGGCGCCCUGCCGCAACAUAUGACGAUCAUUGGUGACCAGUUUGUCAGCGUGCUCCGCUCCACACUAGAAAACGAGGGCUCGUGGGACGACGAAACGGAAAAGGCCUGGCAGAAACUGUUCCGGAUACUGGCCUUCACAUACGAGGCGAUGCACAGCGAAUGGUCCCGGUCAGCAUCGCGGCGGAGUGCCAGCCAGCGUCAUCCCUGUCUGGAGCGCGUCAACGGCCUCGGCAGUCCGUCAUCGGCGCCGGGCACCUGCUGCGCCCACGUCAUCGAGUACUGAGCGUCAUCGGCGCGUCAUUGACGUCAGUGGCGUCAUCGUCAUCGGGUGUCGCUCCUGUGACAUCAGUGCGCUGUCGGGGCGGAUAUGCGACUGGCCCGAGGCGCCACUCGUGCAGAUAUUGUGUCGGGGCGGCGGCCGAUGGAAUUCAGCGAACGGUGAAUGAUCUCAAUCAGCACGUGUCCGAUGCCGUGGCUGGGUGAUGACGCUGGAUGAUUAUGUGGUGGCUGUUUAGCCCGACUGUGCUCCGCCGCGUGUCAUUGGAUAUCGGCAUUGUUCUAUGAGCAUGUUACUCGACCUGGGGCGUUUCACGUCCGGGACAAAAUAGGCAUAACUGCUAGUGAUUCAGACAUUUAUUUCAGAACUGACUUUGAUUAUCAGUCGUGGUAAUCGUACUAGAUGGACCAGGUAAUUGUAGCUCGCAUGAAAGUGAUAUGUCUGAGCGGAAAAUAUACGAACACAAUAAUAG